AUGCUCUCGUCGCUCGCGGCCCUUACCUCCGGCCACUCGUGGGACCACUUCGAGUGCGACUGUUCUUGGCGCUCAAAAUACGCGUGCCCGCUCGACGAAUUGUUCCUCACCAAGAUUGACCGGUCCGGUGACGGCCACAUUGACAGGCACGAAGCAAUCGAUCUGAAUGCGGACGGGUUCCUGACGUCGACUGAGCUCGUUGCUGCCGACACGGACGGCGACGGACAGUCAAGCAAGCACGAGGCCAUCCUCGCUCGCUCGCACGCCGGCACCGACGGCUUCGCGACCGACGACGGCUCGGCGUGCUUCACGUUCGCCUCGCUGCGACUCGACGAGGAGACGCCCGACGACCUGAUUCCCGACGGCCUGCCGCCGGUCGCCGCGACGCCGGCGAUGGACGAGGAGGUGCGGCACAACGCCAAGCUAGGCCGUCCCGCGCGCGCUCCCUAG